AGAGAAAGAGUAAAGUUGGACACGGGUUGGAAUUUAGCCAAUCCGACCGUUGGUCCUUUUUUUUUUUUUUUGAUUAAAAUCCAACCGUUGGUGACCCAACGGCUGUUUUGGUGUUGAAAAAAAUUUGCAACGGUCCAUUUUUUUCCCCUGCCUAUAAAUGUGUCUUAAUAGAAUUUUAGACAACAAAAUUUUUAUUCAUUCUCCACAAACACCCUCCAAAAAAAUAGUGUAUUAAUUAUGGCAGAAGGAAGUCAUAGUGCGAGAGGAAAAUCGUUCAACUCCGAUCAAGAUGAAGCAAUUUGUAAUGCUUACUUGUGCGUUAGUCAAGACCCGAUUAUUGGUACCAACCAACCAAUAUCUAAAUUAUGGGAUCGGGUUGCAAAAAAAUAUACCGAAUUCACAGGAGGCGAUGUACGAUCGGAUGCUUCUAUCAAGUCUCGAUGACAAGUCAUCCAGCAGGCUUGCAACAAAUAUCGUGGAUAUUUAAGGCAAAUUCAAAGGCAACAUCAAAGUGGAAUGACAGAACAAAAUGAGAUUGAUCUAGCGAAGAGACAUUACAAAGAUACUGAGACUAAACCUUUCGCCAAUUUGGAUUGUUGCUGGGCAAUCUUAGAACACAGUAUGAAGUGGGCGGAUUUAACCCCACCCCGGUCCAACCCAAGAUCUUCACAAAUGGAUACAAGUUCGGUCCCGCUAUCUCCUGAUUUCUCUCAAAAUCCAAACUUAGACUCUCCUGAUUUCUCUCAAGUUCCAAACACAGCGACUACAUUGGAAGAUAGCAAUCCUACGAGUGGAGGUAGUGUUCAGUCUCCAAGAAAGAGGCCUCCUGGAUGUAAAGCAUCAAAGGCAAAAUUAUUGAAGACCAAAAAAUCAGGAAAUGAAGAACGUGAAUGGAUAAACUUGAUGGAAAAAUUCAACUAAACUACAUCUGACAAGGAAAGUAGGAGAGCUGAAAUGGAAGCAAGAAGAGUCGCGGCUUUGGAAAGGACUACAGCAAAUGAUGAGAGAAGGGUGGCGCUUGAGGAGAGGAAGGCAGCAAUAAAGGAAAAAGAGAUGGAAGAUAGGAUUAUGCAAAUGGACUUGGAUUUGGUUCAAGACCCCCAAAUGAAGGCCUAUUAUCAGUAUCGCAAGGGUGAAAUCUUGGCUAAA